UUCGCUUCUUCCGCGGAUUUCGCUGUUCUACGCCAUCACCAGUAAUCCAAUUCUCUCUCCUUUUCUCUCUCUAAAGCUCUCUCUUUCUCUCUCUCUCGUUUUCAACGACACCGCUCAUACAUUGUUGAUCCGAAUAUUCAUAUCUCUCUCUCUCCGUCUCUUCUUUCUUUAUUUCUCUCUGCUUCUUUUUUAUCAUCUGAAAAGCAUCUUUCUUGGAUUGAUGAGGGGCGUCAUUUGACGUGAAUGGAAACACUAUGCACUGAUGUUUACAGAUUUUCUUGGACUAAGUUGAACUACUCAUUUCCUGAAGUUACACUAGAGGUUUUGCAGAUAACAGGAGUCACUUUUAGAUGAUACCAGCUUAUUGCAGCUUGUAGAGGCUGCAUUCAAGCAUGUUGAUUACUUUUUGGUUUCUGCUUAAACUCUUCAGCAAUGAGAAGUGGGCUUUUAGUGACAUCUUGUAUUUUAUGCCACAUUUUAACACUGAUAUGCGUCUACGAGGAAACGAAAAACACUGUGUUGCCAGUGUAGAAACCUCUGCUUGGAGGUUAGAAGUCCAUUAAACAGACUUUGACUUAUCUCUCGCGACAAUUCUAAUAAUGGAAAGAUAUAAAAUUUUGGAGGAGCUUGGAGAUGGUACUUGUGGUAGUGUAUAUAAAGCUAUCAAUAUGGAAACGUGUGAGAUUGUUGCAGUAAAGAAAAUGAAGAGAAAAUUUUAUUCUUGGGAAGAAUGUGUGAAUCUACGAGAAGUUAAGUCCCUCCGUAAAUUGAAUCAUCCAAACAUCAUAAAGUUGAAGGAGAUUGUCAGGGAAAACAAUGAGCUUUUCUUCAUAUUUGACUACAUGGAAUAUAAUCUGUACCAAAUAAUGAGAGGAAAACAGAAGCCCUUUUCAGAGGAAGAGAUUAGAGCCUUUAUGUCUCAGGUGCUGCAAGGACUUGCAUACAUGCACAAAAAUGGAUAUUUUCAUCGGGACUUAAAGCCUGAGAAUUUGCUGGUGACAAAUGACAUCAUUAAAAUUGCUGACUUUGGACUGGCUAGAGAAUUGUCGUCAGUGCCGCCUUUUACUGAUUAUGUUUCCACUCGGUGGUACCGCGCACCGGAAGUCUUGUUACAAUCCUCAACAUACACUCCUGCCAUUGACAUGUGGGCAGUUGGUGCAAUUCUAGCUGAGCUUUUCACUUUGUGCCCCGUUUUUCCUGGUGAAAGUGAAAUAGAUCAAUUGUACAAGAUAUGUUGUAUUCUUGGUACGCCAAAUUGGACUACCUUUCCUGAAGCGAGGAAUAUAUCGCUACUUAUCAAUAUUAGUUAUUCCGAGAUUAUGCCUGCCAAUGUCUCAGAUAUCAUUCCCAAUGCAAGCUUGGAAGCUAUAGAUCUGAUCAAGCAACUUUGUUCAUGGGACCCACUAAGGAGGCCGACUGCAGAUCAAUCCUUGCAACAUCCAUUUUUCCAUGUUGGUACGAGGAUUCCUCAUCCAAUAUGGGAUCCUCUUCAGCUGAAACUAAGUAGCGUGGGACCUACACCAAAUCUUGAGUUGAAGCUAUGGGACUUUGGCACUCAACCAGAUGAUUGUUUUCUUGGUUUGACUCUGGCAGUGAAGCCUAGUGUGUCCAACUUGGAUAUUUCCCAUAAGAUAUCUGAAGGUAGAGAAGAGGAUAUAUUGUUUUGCUCUGGUUUUCGGGAUCAUCCACAACAGUCAGGUUUUUGGUCAUUGCUUUCUCCUGAUCAUAAUGGAAUUACCCCACCAGUAGAAUCGCCCUUGUCAUUGUCAUUCAGCCCAAUUCCACAUUCAUCAAUUGGAGCUCCACAAUCAACUGGAUUCACCAUUGCGUCAUUGCAGCCUAAUAUAUUGGACCGUCCAUUGUUGGCCAUGUCUUCCCCCUUCCAGCAGGGUCAUUGCCUUUAAUUGUAUUAAUUGCUGGCGUGAUCAAAUAAGGAGGGAUUGUGGAUAUUUACCUGUAAUUAUUAGUUCCGAUCAAAAUACCUAGUAGGACUAUGUGAUGAUUUCUUUUUUCAGGAAAUUUCUGUGGAUAAGAAUGGAUUGCUUUGUCGUCUGAGAGCUUUCCAUUUUUAAUCUAGAUUGAGAAUCUGACUUUUUUUGUUUUUUGUUUUUUGUUUUUUGGUCUUCUCCCGUUGGAGGAAGAGAGGGGGGUCUCUAGUCAAAUAUGUUGACAGUGAUACAAUUCCUUAAAAAUACAUUUGUCUAAUUGCUUUAUUGUGUAUAUGCUGUGGGAAUUAUUUUAUUUUGUUUUUG